UCGUCACGACAACCAACUCGCGCGCUCACGACGACGGAUCUCCAGGCUGUGUCCAGGCAGGCCUCAACUCUGGUCCCGUUCGUGGUUGACGUGCGAAUUGAUUGGAGAGGCAAAACUUAAUUGGUGUUAGAACACAACGGGAGGGAUACAACAACAAUACCUCGUCACCACUGUUGGAGAGAAGUCCCGUUUUGGAAAGAAAAAGCGGCCAUGGCUCCCCAGCGCUCCUCGUGCCUCGUGACCGCAGUGCUGCCAACGCUGCUGCUGCUGCUGCUCGUCGCCCGCCCGUGCGAGCCGUGCUUCAAGUGCACGGAAGCCAUCGCGGUGCCCCUGAAAGCGCUGCUGAACAGGAUGGAGAUCGACAGGCCCUUCAUUCGCACGAAGACGUACAAGGGCGUGCAGAAUAUUAUCUCCAAGCUGCUGGGAGAACAUUCCAAGCGCUUGAUCUAUUUGUACGAGCAGGUGGAGCAAACCAUGGGCUCCAAGUUUGUGGAGAUGAACAACAGAAUUGGAGACGUUUCCGGUCAGCUGAGUCAAAAACACUAUGCCAUCUACUGGAGAGAACUCAUCAAGUUAUGGAAGGAUUUUCAGGAAGCUUUGAAGAUUUCAAAGGAACCGUCAUGCCCUGUCUGUGAACCCACGUAUGUAUCUGCCCUGCGCUGCGAAUCCUGCCAGAAAGAGAAUAAGGAAGUCUGCCUGUCUUAUUGUGAACGAACUAUUUUGGAAAAGCAACGGCGAGCACCUUUGGAGGUUCUGGACGACGUCGAUCCCGACGUCAUCCCAGAGCCAGACUACGACCCUGAGUUUGAGCCCACGAAGACCAGCGUGAUUGCACUGAUCGUGAUCGUGCCAGCCAUGCUAUGCUUAAUCGUCUUCUGCAUCGGUGAGCCUUUAGCUUGUUCCUCCAGAUAGCAGAGCCGUUUUUAACAACAAGUAGAGUCCUCUGCAGAUCAUCGUGGGAGAUGUGUGUAUGUUGAAUUUCUUUCACACAUUUCCGUAGCCAACAGUGCUAAUCGGAGGGGCGGGGUUAAGGACAACAAACUAAACACAAC